CUCCGUGUCUCAUUCCACCACGGUCAAGCCUGCCGGUAGAGUUAACGUUCUUCAGCUCCACAGGAAUCAUUUCAUUUGGAAACUUGAAACGGAAUUUAUAUUUAUAACAAACGUCGUUUUAUUUAUUUAAAGUAAACGUAACCGUCUAACUAAUUUCACAGGUAACCGUUGGUUUAAGAUCGUAAUUUCUACAGAAACGGACUUUAACAGCAGAGCCGGGUCGUGCUAACAAAGAAAAUCCUUUCUCUUCACAAAUAAUCCCCAUUACUCUCUUUAGUUAUGAGUCAUGUGGUCAUUGAUAAUCCACACGGUCUAGAUCAGCAGCUUGCUGCUCUAGACUUGAACUCUGCUGACGGACAAGGCGGAGGAACUGGCAGGCGUUACAUUCCACCUCACUUGAGAAACAAAGAUGCACCAAAAAACGCAGGAAAUGCUUAUUCCGCUGGUAGACAGUACGGUUAUUCAGUGGCACCAGUAAAUCUCUAUUCACCUGGAUGGGACGGUGGACGCAGCAAUGGAUUUGUGAAUGGGUACCACGACAACCGCACAAAUGGGGGCUUUGGAGGGCGAGGACCCCCUCGCAAUGAUAGAGGUGGGCGUGGCGCCUACCGUGGUAACAGGGGUGGAGGCUCGUUUAAUCAACCAUUACAAAAUGCAGGGUUUAGUGGUGGUGAAGGCAACUGGGGAGGAGCUCCUAGGGAUGCUGCCUACAACAGCUUUGGCGGACGCAACGAUCAAAGGUCAAAGUCCACCUUCUUCAAUGAACGUGGAGCAGGCUCAAGGGGAAGAUAUGAGCGUGGGGGCUUUUCUAGUGGAGGAAACAACCGCUGGUCAGACGAAUCUAGAGAGGAGGAUUGGUCCAAGCUCUCCGCUCCCAACGAGCGCCUGGAAAACGAGCUUUUCUCUGCAAGCAACACUGGGAUAAACUUUGAGAAAUAUGAUGAUAUUCCCGUGGAUGCCACUGGAAACAACUGCCCGCCACACAUUGAAAGCUUCCAUGAUGUGGACAUGGGGGAGAUUGUUAUGGCGAACAUCGGCCUGAGUCGCUACGAUUGUCCCACUCCGGUCCAGAAGCAUGCUAUCCCCAUCAUCAAGUCCAAGAGAGACCUGAUGGCCUGCGCCCAGACUGGCUCCGGUAAGACUGCUGCUUUCUUGCUGCCGGUGCUGAGUCAGAUCUACCAAGAGGGGCCAGGAGAUGCUCUGCAGGCCGCCAAGAACUCUGGACAGGACAACGGAAGGUAUGGCCGCCGUAAGCAGUACCCAAUCGCUCUUGUCCUGGCUCCCACCAGAGAGCUGGCUCUGCAGAUCUACGAUGAGGCCAGAAAGUUUGCCUAUCGCUCACGUCUGCGUCCCUGCGUGGUGUAUGGCGGUGCGGAUAUUGGUCAGCAGAUCAGGGAGUUGGAGAGAGGCUGUCACCUGUUGGUGGCCACACCUGGACGUCUGGUUGACAUGAUGGAGAGGGGAAAGAUCGGUCUCGACUAUUGCAACUUCUUGAUCCUGGAUGAGGCUGACCGCAUGUUGGACAUGGGUUUUGAGCCACAGAUCAGACGCAUUGUGGAGCAGGAUACAAUGCCGCCUAAAGGCAUCCGUCAGACCAUGAUGUUCAGUGCCACUUUCCCCAAGGAGAUCCAGAUCCUGGCUCGUGACUUCCUGGAGGACUACAUUUUCCUGGCAGUGGGCCGAGUUGGUUCCACUUCAGAAAACAUCACCCAGAAGGUGGUCUGGGUGGAGGACGGCGACAAGAGGUCCUUCCUUCUUGACCUGCUCAAUGCCACAGUUAUUCCCAGUGAGGUUCAGGAAAAUGUGACAGAGGCACCAGAGAAACCGGGCAAAGAAUCGUUGACUCUGGUGUUUGUGGAAACCAAGAAAGGCGCCGAUGCUCUGGAAGACUUCCUUUACCACGAGGGUUACGCCUGCACCAGCAUCCACGGAGAUCGCUCCCAGAGAGACCGAGAGGAAGCUCUGCAUCAGUUCCGGUCAGGACGCUGCCCCAUCUUGGUGGCUACAGCUGUGGCUGCCAGAGGUCUGGACAUCAGCAAUGUGAAGCACGUCAUUAACUUUGAUUUGCCCAGUGACAUUGAGGAAUACGUUCACCGUAUUGGCCGUACGGGACGUGUGGGCAACCUUGGUCUGGCCACGUCGUUCUUUAACGACAAAAACAGCAACAUAACCAAAGAUUUGCUGGACAUUUUGGUGGAGGCCAAGCAGGAGGUUCCCUCCUGGCUUGAAAGCCUGGCCUACGAGCACCAGCACAAGAGCACCACCCGUGGACGCUCUAAGAGGUUCUCUGGUGGAUUCGGAGCUAGAGACUACCGUCAGACCCCUGGUGGCUCUGCAAACAGCUUCAGUAGCAACCGUGGUGGUGGUGGUGGAGGUGGGCGUAGCGCUGGAGGCCAUGGAGGAGGAAACCGUGGCUUCGGUGGAGGGAGCUUUGGUGGCAACUUCUACGGCAACGACGGCUACGGAGGAAAUUACAGCCACUCUGGGAGUGUGGAUUGGUGGGGCAACUAGUCGCCAUAGGAAGAGGUUGCCAUGUCAACCCAACCCAAUGGAAACCACAUGUUAACUUAAGCCAGACCAUAACAAAAACCCUCCCUGUGUAGCUUCACUGACACACAGUACAUUACCAACCCUGGUUCUCUGCCAUUCGCUUCUCAAAAAGGAAGUGCAGCACGACGCAAAGGAAAGGUCACCAGCACGUGCAACGCACCGGAGAACGCAGAGAUUCGCACACCUCAGAGUGAGCAUGGAUGCUGACAUGCAUUGUCCGAUAGCAACUUCGGACUUUCAUUGUUAAAAGUAUUUUUGUUCUUUUUUGUGAAAAACACAGACACACACACAGACACACACACAGACACCCAAUCGAAUAACCUGAGGAUCAUUUCUAUGUUAAUGUACUGUGCCUUUUGGAAUUUAGACAGGAAAUCUUAUGUUUUCAUUUCACCAGAUGAACAUGGCCAAGAGCUUCUAAAUUUUAUUUUAUUUUUGUUUGGUGAAAAAAUAUUUAAAAAGAAAUGUAAGCUUGGACUUAAUCAAACCUUGGCAAACACUGGGGUAUUGUGGCUCUGAGUCAUGAUUCCAUUUGAACUUCAAAUUUAUCGCAGGAACAUCAUGUAGCCUUUUUCUAAUAGUCAAACAGCUAACGGAGCCGUUACUAUGUCUAAUACAAACUGGGCCACUCUGUGAAGCCGUUGAUUUUAAUCCUAAGGGACAAAGUUACAUUCGUUUAUUUUAUUUUUUUCUUUUUCUGUUUUUUGCUCACUCUAUCCUGGACCGGCUCCUUUUUAUGGAUAUGAUAGUCUUUGAAAUAGCCAUUCCUAUUGUAAUCUUAAGAAACACAUAAGUCAUUAAGCUCAGUGCCAACAAAUCGCUGAGGUUCAAACCAGAAUUAUCACUGCUGGAACUUGUUACUCCACAUUUUUCAAUUGACUUUGACAGUGUUACGGCAGCUAGUGUGUUACCAAGUGCUAGCUAACGUGAAGUGGGCGGUGUUUUUUGUUUAUUUUUACUUGAGACAUUUUUGGUGCAGGUGUGUGCGAAAUUUGAAAAACUGACCUUUCAGUUUUUUUGAUUUUUGAAUUGUUAUACUACAAAUAUGUAUCAAAACAAAAAAUGCCUGCCAUCUUGAGAGUGAAGUUCAAAAUGGCUGCAUAAAGGACCACAGCAUCGGGCAAGGGCAUAGCGUGGUGUUAGCGUAUUUUUUUUUUUUUAACCGAAUCGACCGGCAACCACGAGGCCCAGAUGGUAUUCUACGCUUGCAAGUGUUUUGUUUUUUGGUCAAGGAGGAAAGACACGUGAACUUGAGUCGCAGGCUUAACUUAAUUACAAACGUUUUCUCUUUUCAAGCUGCGUUGGGAGGCAUGGUUCAUCUUUAAGAGACAAGACAUUUGAACGAUCACUGAGGUUUAUCAAUUUAAAAAAAAAAAAAAAACCGCGAGGGAACAGAGCGGGUAGAGCAGCACUUCGACCACUGUGGUUAGGGGGUGGGGUCACGGGGCUAGGCGUUUAGGGGUAGGCUGGGAGGUCGGCGCGGUUCUCGGGGCACCGCCGUCGUUGGCGGCUUUGGUUUCCAUUGCUGCGUAGUGUAACUGCAGGUGGCCAAAGAUAGGGGAGUAUCCACUUCCUUAUGGAACAUUUAAAGUACUGUCAGGUCGUCUGGGAGUUCAUCUGCUCAGACAUGUAUACAAAUAAUAAUAAUAUUAAUCUGUGGCUCUGUGAAGCCAGAGCAGGCUUUUCCUCUCAAAGAGGAGCAGCCAUCAAGAGGAGGAGAGAUGGGGCGUUUCACCUCAAAAUGCUCCCAAUUUUCUCAUCGGGUGUGUUGUGCCUUGAAAACCUUUAUAUUUUUUUCUCUUUAGUUUUAUUUUUUUUUUUUUUUUUUAAGAAAUUGAACUAAAAGCGGAUGCACUGACAGUGUUGAGAACUUGAGAUUGAAUGGUGCUACUUGAUUUAGGUGUGUUGUAGGCCCUUAUUGCGUCGUGCCCAUCAAGUUUUACGAAAAGUUCUUUUAUUGCACAUCUAGAGUUUUAUAUAGAUGUCUUCGAUAUGUGUCCUUAGCUUCCAAAUAUUGUGUGUGAGAGAGGAGAUUGUGGAAAAAUAAAACGCAGCUUGUUUACAAAAGGGGACGGGUUCUCAACGUUUAAACCAGGAUUUAUUUGGGACCAGGGGAUUUAGCAGUCGGGGGGGGAAUUUAGCCAUUUGCACAGAUUUCUAGAUUCUACUUUUGCUGCUAGUUUUGUGUAAUUUAUUAAGCAUUUUUGACAAAUAUUUAUUUUUGUAAGCCUCAAAGUGAUUCUUUGAAAGUUUCAGAAACUUGACCAAAAGACAGUACAAAAAACACUGGCACUUGAAUGUUGAAUGUCACCUGUAUGCGUGAAAUUUAUAUAUUUCGGGGUAGUGUGAGCUUUUUAAUGUUUAAGAUACAUUGGACUCGGUAAAUAAUAUCCACAGCUGUUUCAAGGGCCUCAUCAGGGCCGCUCAUCUCUUAUUAAAAUCCAAUUAAUUGGUCAACAAAAUUAGAAAUGGAAUUGGACAAACAUGCCAAGGUUUGGAAUAACGCUGUCAAACGAGCAAAAACUUAAAAAAAACAAAAAACAAAUCUGAAGCACAUCAGUGCUGAAGGGUUUCAGAUUCUCCAAUUGUGUGCAUUAUUGAUUCUUUACUCUAAUUUGAACUGAUUUUUCUCCAGUGAAUGUCUGGCACAUGGCAAUCCUUAAAAGAAACAAACAUGUGGUUUAUUCUCAUUGUUGUAUUUGCAUAUAUGCCCCCUGUGGCGUUCUCCGUGAAUGUGGAGCAGGUCUGCAGGGUUUAUUUCUGACGCCGCUCCGCGUUGGAAUAGUUUAAAAUGUAUCGGAAGCUUGUGCACGUUGUUGCAGGCAGAAGCAGAGACUUGUUCCACAUUCUCCGAGGAACCCUAGGGCUCUUUAGACGUAGACUUUGCUUUCUGUAUUAGCUGAUAGGCUACUGCACUGCAUGGGAAAUAACUCAGCUGUGCAAUUGUAUGAUUUUACCAAAAUAAAAAAUGUUUUUGAAUGCAAAAAGUA